AGUGACUAAGAGUCCAAGUUGCAUAAAAAGCCCCGCGAAUCCAAAACAAGGACACAAGAGCGGCACCGCGCCAACAAGAGGACACUCGACGGAUUGCGCCUUUCAACUUCUCGACUUUUAUUUUUACCCUCCCCACAGCCCCCCACCAACCAACACUGACGGGCGCCGCCAUGAGAUCCCGCGUUUUGCUACUGUGUCUGCUGUGGUGCUGCGGCAGCGUGCGGCGAGGAUGGAGCCUCCCCCUCAAGUCGCUGCGCGUCACCUUUCCGGGGGACAUCAUCAAAAACAUGACGGACGUGGAACUGGCAAAAAGUUACCUGAGCAAGUUUGGCUACAUGGAGAACCUGCAGCGCAGCGGCUUCCAGUCCAUCGUGUCCACCACCAAGGCCCUGAGGAAGAUGCAGCAGCGGCUGGGCCUGCAAGAAACGGGCCGGCUGGACCCGCCCACCCUGGAGGCCAUGAAGCAACCGCGCUGCGGCCUUCCCGACGUGGCCAACUACAAAACCUUUGACGCGGACCUCAAAUGGGACCGCAACGACAUCACUUACAGGAUCUUGAACUACUCUCCGGACUUGGACAUCUCCCUGACUGAUGACGCUUUUGCGAGAGCUUUCAAGGUCUGGAGUGACGUCACCCCGCUGACCUUCACGCGUCUCUAUGAAGGGACGGCCGACAUCAUGGUGUCCUUUGGAAAAGGCGACCACGGAGACCCUUACCCCUUCGACGGCAAGGACGGCCUCCUGGCACACGCGUACCCCCCCGGCCAGGGGGUCCAGGGAGACGCCCACUUUGAUGACGAUGAAAACUGGACGCUGGGAAACGGACCGGUGUCCAAGACUCGCUACGGGAACGCCGAAGGUGCCCUGUGCCACUUCCCCUUCACUUUUGAGGGCAAAUCCUACACGAGGUGCACCACCGACGGCCGCGCGGACAACCUCCCCUGGUGCGCCACCACGGCCGAUUACGCCCGCGACAAAAAAUACGGCUUCUGCCCGAGUGAACUUCUGUACACUUUUGGAGGGAACGCCGACGCCGCCCCCUGCGUCUUCCCGUUUGUCUUCCAAGGGAAGGAGUACAGCAAGUGCACCACGGACGGCCGCGACGACCGCAACCGCUGGUGCGCCACCACCGGCAACUUCGACCAGGACAAAAAAUACGGAUUCUGUCCCAGUCACGACACGGCCGUAUCCGGAGGGAACUCCGAGGGGGAGCCCUGCCGCUUUCCCUUCACCUUCCAGGGUCGAGUAUACGACGCGUGCACCAGCGACGGGCGCGGCGACGGCAGGCUGUGGUGCGCCACCACCGCCAGCUACGACCAAGACGAAAAAUGGGGCUUUUGCCGUGAUAAAGGUUACAGCCUGUUCCUGGUGGCCGCCCACGAGUUUGGCCACGCGCUGGGGCUGGAUCACUCCAACGUUCGCCAGGCGCUCAUGUACCCCAUGUACUCCUACGUGGAGAACUUCUCCCUGCACCGAGACGACGUUGCGGGCAUUCAGUAUCUCUACGGGCGCGGGGAAGGCCCGCAACCUACACCCCCUCGGCCCACCACCACCACCACCACAGUUGCCCCUCGGCCCACCACGACCACGACCGCCCCAACGCCCGUGGACCCGACGACCAAAGACGUCUGCAAAGUCAACCAAUUUGACAGCAUCAGCGUCAUUCAAAACGAUUUAUUUUUCUUCAGCGACGGAUAUUACUGGACGCGAUCCAGCAGAGGUCAGAAGGGCGACCUCAGGGGUCCGUUUCGAGUGUCCGAGCGUUGGCCGGCACUGCCCACGGUCAUCGACGCUGCCUUUGAAGAUCCUGCCACCAGGAAACUCUACUUCUUCUCCGGGCACCAGUUCUGGGUGUACACAGGACAGAGCGUUCUGGGCCCGCGUAGCAUCGAGAAGCUCGGCCUGCCUGCCAGCGUGAGGACGGUGGAAGGAGCGCUGCAGAGGGGAAGAACCAAAGUUCUGCUCUUCAGCGGGGAGAAAUACUGGAGGCUCGAUAUGAAGACGCAGAUGGUUGAAAGGGGCUACCCACGAUACAUCUACACUGCCUUUGGCGGCGUGCCCAGCGAGCCUCACGAUGUCUUCCAGUUGAACGGCUACAUUUACUUCUCCUCGGAUCGCUUCUACUGGCGCAUGACGCCCAGCAGGCAGGUGGACCGCGUGGGCUACGUCAAAUACGACCUGCUGCCGUGCACCGACUCUUGAAGCGCGCGCGCGCUCGUUCAGGAUGGGAUGGCAGCGCAUUUGGAACCGGGGGGGAGCGGAAAUCAGUUGCUUACGGGCGCUGCCUGAUGACUUCCCGAUGACUUCCCCGAUUGGUCGGCCGGCCGUCGCUGGUGUGACACAAUAUUGGCCCUUAAACGCAUGUAAAAGAGCGCAGCACUUGAUGUGAUAUUACGAAAGAAUAAUGGCCAGCAUCGGAGGCUAAUUCGUUCAAGGCCGCUGGGUCCAAUUCUGGUUUGAAUAAUUUAUAUAUCAAAUGUCUGACAGGCGCAGACUUUAAACAGUAUUUGAUUUAUUUUUUUUGCCAUCUGUAGUAUUCUCCUAUUGUGUGUUUUUAAAAAAAGUUGUCUUUCUGUUGUUGUUUUUUCUGGCCUUGAAGCCAUUAUUUGCACUGAAUAACAAUGCAUGGCUCUUUCACUUUAAAUUAUUGAUGUGUUGUUGUUGGUUUUUUUUUUACUUUCAACUCAAUAAAUAUUCAGCUUAAUACCAA